UGGGCACAGGUGGGUGGCACUGGUGGGCACAGGUGGGUGGCACUGGUGGGCACAGGUGGGUGGCACUGCUGGGCACAGGUAGGUGGCACUUCUGGGCACAGGUGGGUGCACUGCUGGGCACAGGUGGGUGCACUGCUGGGCGGAGCUAGUGGGCGCACUGCUGGGCACAGGUGGGCGGAACUUGUGGGUGGCACUGCUGGGCACCGAUCAUCAGGGCACUGAUCAUCAGUGCCCUGAUGAUCGGUGCCGAUCCUCGCUCUGACAACUGCCGGUUCUCGGCAGUACUUUCCUCAUGAUCUGACAGCGUGAGGAAAGUGCAGCCGAGAACCGGCACUUGCAU